AUGAAAAUUGAACGAAAUAAAUUGCGAAAGAGCACGUCCGACGUGCCUAUGGAAUGCAAUUUGCUAAUAAAGCAGAUUUUGUCAUGUCCGGAUUCCAACGAACUUGUUAAAAUAUUGAAGUCAAUCAGCAAUUGGACAUUCGGAAAAAGCGAAUUAUACCACUGGGUAGAUGUGCUAGACAGAUUUGAUCACAUUCUUGAAUUAGCCGCUAAACCACCAGAAGGGAUGGAUCAGUGGCAGUAUCUUAGCACCUCUUUACAAGAAGGGGGGAAGGAUUUAAUAGUGGAGGUCUUGCGAUUUACGGCGUUACUAAUUGAACAUUCCUAUGCUAGGCAUCUUUAUAAUUCUAUGGAGCAUCUUACAACAUUGUUAGCAUCACCUAGCUUGAACGUUAUUUUAGCGACGCUAAAUUUGCUAUACGUCUUUAGUAAAAGAUCAAAUUUUAUAUCUCGAAUGCCAUCGGAAAAGCGCAAAUUUUUAUUGACGAGAUUGCAGUAUCUAGCUGAGAGCUGGGGUGGCAAUGUAAAUGGUUUCGGUCUUUCUAAAUGUGCAAGAGACAUACCUAUUACAGAAUUUCCAGCUAGUGCGACUACACUGCAUUUUGAGUACCACAUGAAUACUCCUGCCGAUGCUAUUAUAAAGGAUGACGCCCAAGCGGUUAAUGUGUUAUACACAAUUCACCUAGAGAAUUUAGAUAAGUAUUCAGAAAAUCCUUGUGAGAUUAUGUCGCAGUUAAUGUCGGUUUAUAACAUACCAGAAAGUUUACAGAUGCAAUUGUUCACGCGUGUUUUACUGGCCAGUACAUUUUCACGUUAUGAAAAGCGUUUGAAGUGUAUAGAAGCUAGAUUACAGGCUACAUCCAUCCUCGUUUAUUGUAGUGUCAGCCAAGAUGUUCUCAAUUCGAUUCUGUAUCCUGGCCUCAUUGAGGAAUUAGUUGAAACUGGAUUCGUAUUAUUUACGGUUAUAUUUUUAAAAUUGAAGGAAAUAAUGGAAAUUAAAGCUGCUGUCCUUCGAACCUUGACAUCCGUUAUUCAUCUGGACAGGAAUCCAAGGAUUAAUAAUAUUAUAGAAGCGACUGGUGCCUCGUCUUAUCAUGGGUUCCUACCUUCGCUAGUACAUGCCGUUGUUGAAAAAAUGACUUCUUCUAAAGGUGAUAAUUUUACACGUUCAACGCCAAUGACAACUGCCCUGUUUUCGUUUUUAUACCACUUGGCAAGUUAUGAAGCAGGCGGUGAAGCUCUAGUUUCAUCUGGAUUGGUUGAUUGCCUAUUGCGAGUUGUACGACAUCCUGGAACCAGUCAUGAAUACAUUUCUUUUGUUACUAGAGCUGUGCGAGUUAUUGACUUAAUAACAAAUCUAGAUAUGACAGCAUUCCAAAAUCAUGAUGGUUUAAAUUGUUUCAUCACAAGAUUAGAGCAUGAAGUUAACGUAUGUCGUCAAGUAGUACCAUAUGUAAUAUCUGUUAAUGGUGAUGAAACUAACAUAAGUGAAGGAGCUAGGCUAGAUACAAGUCAGAGAUUAAAUCAAUGCCUUCCUUUACGUGCAGCUCUAUUAAAAUCGAUACUUAAUUUUCUUAAAAAAGCAAUGCCAGAACCCGCUUUUUCUGAUAAUAUACGCGGAUUAAUGGAUACAUCUUUGCCCAAAUCAUUAAAACAUAUGAUUAGUAAUGCUAACUAUUACGGAGCAUCGCUGUUCUUAUCUGCAACAGAUGUAGUAGCUGUGUACAUCUUUCAAGAACCAACUGUACUAUCGGUAUUACAGAAUAAUGGCCUUAGUUCAAUUAUCAUCAAGGCCUUAAUUGAAAAAGAGGUUCCUGCUACCCGAGAAGUUCUCAGUUCUCUACCUAAUGUGUUAGGUGCCUUAUGUCUAAAUUCGAGAGGUUUAGAGCAGUUGGUAAAGAUUAAACCGUUCCGAAGGCUCUUUAGAGUCUUAGUAUCAGAAGAAUAUUUACCUGCAAUGCGACGGCGACGUAGUUCUGAUCAACCUGGCGAUACGGCUUUUAACUUAGGUGUUGCAAUGGACGAGUUCAUGCGGCACCAGCCGUCUAUCAGAACUGACGCUAUGAAUGCAAUUAUAGAACUAAUAAAAGAGCUGGUCUCCUUAGGUACAGAUGAUCAAUACUCUUGUUUGACUAGCCCAAGCAAGAAUAUCCCAGAUGGUGGUCAAGAAUCCCGUAAUCGAAAUGCAGAUGUUAGCUCUGAUGAAGAAGACGAAACAGACAAUACAUCUUCUCUAGCAAUAAUAUCUAGGGAAGUUGGGGAUAAAGAUGACAUUCAAAAACGGAAAUCAAUUCCGCUACUUGACUACAUAUUUAAUGUGGCAAAGUUUUUAGAGUCGAUUAUUGGUAAUCAUAGAAUAGAUGAUCAUUGUCAUGAUUUUAUCCGACAAAAUGGUCUUGUACCUCUUAUGGAAUUAUUUGCAUUACCUAAUUUGCCUCUGGAGUAUCCUACAACAACACCUUGUCAAUCAGUUUCCCAAGUUGCAAAAGAUAUUAUGAAUCUCUCUCGUGAUGGUACCGUAUUAAGGACAGCAUUUAAUGCUUUCAAGAAGAUACUUGUCAAUUUACAAGAAUGUCCUACAUCAACAUCUAUGUCCGGUUCUAUGUUGUUAAAGGAACUAUCGUGUUGUAACAAUUUAGAAACUGCAGCAGAGUCGUUUAAAACUACACCUAUAUUACACUAUUUGAGCUCAGCAAGUAGUUACGUCAAUAUGCUAACUCAAGUUUGUCGAACAGGACAGUUAUCCGUUCAAGCGGUAUGUAUUAAAGAAUGGGGAUCAGAUGAUGGUUUGUCCUUACUAGGAUCUUUAUCGGACAUUUAUUUAACCCUAAUCUUUGAAACUGGAAUUCUUCAUGCUCUCGGGAAAUCUGGCUCACUACCUGAAGAACCGAAGUUUUGUCAAAAAGAUAAGGCCAUCGAAGAUAUUAAAGAUGUAUCAGUAUCUCCAAGUACUUUCAUAAAGCGUCGUAAUAAAAUAUCCGAAGGAUUAUUAAAUGCUUUUUCGGAGAUAAUUUCAAAGAAAGAUAAAAAAGAAUUUGGGGUAAUGAUGGAAGCACUUAGAACUAUUGAAGAAGAGUGUGAUGAUACGACUUGGCAGACCAAAAUGUCGAAUUUAGCGGAGAUUGUGCGCCCACUUGUGAAACCUCUUUUCGCUGCUGCGUCGAGUUUAGGACACGCUAUAGCUGACUUAUUCACUUUGUUAAUAAAAUCUUGUGUUGGACCAUCUGCUAAACACCGUAAUCGAAAUAAUUAUCCAGUAACGACUGAAUUUGCUACGAAUAUCAUAACUCGGUUGUGUUCAUUCCUUUACAAAGCGCUUACUUGGAGCCCUCCAACUGGUUUUCCAUAUGAUAGACUUAGAUUAGUAUUUUUGGUGUGUGCGAUUGGAAUUACAUCAAAUCUUAUUUUUGAUGAUCGAAAAUACCCAUAUUAUAUUGUGUUAAAAAAGUUUAUUGAGACUAAAUGCGAUAUAGCAUUAUUUUCUGCAUUUGAAUGGGUAGUAGAAUGCGAUAAACGCUACUCAGCUAUGCCAAAAGAUAAUGUAGUAGCUCGAGAUAUGUCUGAAAUAAUUGAGGAGUUCUUCGAAUCAUGGCUAAGUUUACUUAUCCGCUUUGUCAACACAACUACCAUGUUGGAUCCGCAAUAUCCAUUGCAAACUACUGGUAGUGCCUCAAGUUCUGCUGAGGAACCAUUUAACGCUUUGCACUUUGUGAUUCGUACCCAAAAGGUUGCGUUUGAUAACUUAAGAUACAUGUGGAGCAAAGACAACUUUAAGCAUCAUUCUCCGGGAAUUGUGUCAUGUAUCCUAACAAUUUCAUGCUUGAUUAUCAAUGGUGACACUGUAAUUAGGCAGAAACUUGCUAAUUCAGCUGAUAGCAGUAGUGGUAACCAACUAGCCUCAUCCUCUACGGUUGAUAGUAAUGCGAGCAACUCUCAAUCACGAACUCGGCGAGAUAAUGAUGAUGAGAGAUCAAUUAAUGAAAAUUAUCUUAUCCAGCUUUUAGACAUGGGAUUUUCUAAUACUCAAGCACGUGCAGCAUUGCGUUGUUGUGAAACAGUUGAACAAGCAACUGAGUACAUCAUAAAUAACCUCUCUGAAAUUGAACCUACGGAAGAGGAUCAAUUGCGAAGAGCUAUUGAAGCUUCAAUGACUGAUGCCGCCGCGGCUUCAUCUAGUGUCGUUACUACUACGGUUGAACAAGGCCAAAAUAAAACUUCUGAAGAUGAAAAUAAACAGGUAUUAUUUUACGUGUCAACUGAAAAGGAAUACGAUGCUAUUUCGAAAGAGCAAUUAGAUAACUUUACGGCGGAUGUUCUCAAUGGAUGUUUAAUGUUGUUAGAAUUAUCUGCUGAUUCAGUUUAUAGAAUUUGUGAUGUUAUUGUUACUGUAGCAAGAAGAAAUGGUAUGGAAUGGCAAAGGCAAACUCUAAUGGGUCUAAUAGACAAAGUAUGUUGUUUUACAAGUGUAGAAAUUAAUUCAAUCCUGAGAUUGGCAACUUCGGAUGACUGCCAAAGAGAUAUAUUUAUAUCUGAAAGUCUGACAUCGAAGAUUUUGUUGAUAAGCUUACUGAUGGAGGAGCUGAGGAUACCGUGUGCCUCUGUGCUUGCCAAAUCGCCACUUGUAGACCUGUUAAUUCGUUUACUCACUCUUACUCAAGAACUACUGAUUUGCAAUGGAAAUUUUGAGCAUCCUAAAUGGUUAGGACCUUUGCUUUUACUCAUUGACUUGCAAGAAAAAAUGGCAAUUGCUUCGAAACGACGUGCAAAGAGAGGCUCUGAUUUUAACUAUCAAUGGCAGUGGCAUGAAGUCCGAAAUGGCAGAUGGUCAAACUAUUCUGAAGCUACCAAUAAAGAAAUUAAUGCUGCUUACAUGGCUGGAAAUACAAAUCUAAGAUUUAUGAUUGGGCGAAGACGUUAUACAAUUGAUUUUACGUUAAUGGUACAGAUAAACGAAGACACUGGCACUCGUCGCCCAGUUAUGUUAAUGGCUCAACCGUCUAACCAAAAAGAAGAGCAUUCUGCAGUUGAUGGAGAAGCUAGUAAUGAAACCGCUAAAGGCGCUACCAAAUCCUCCAAAGAUAACGACGAGAAUUGUAUGCUAUUGCUAAUAAUCCAAAGUUCUAUGUUUUCUUGGUCUUGUAGAUCUUCUGCCUUGUUGCUGAAGGUUAUCACUGAUCCAGAUACCGUUCAUGCUAUUUUGAGGAUUUGUCUGCGAUUAACGCGAGAUUAUGAUCUGGCUUACAUUUUUGUUGAAAACAAUGGUGUCAGUAACCUAGUUAACCUAAGUGAUUCUUCUAAUUUUGUUGGUUUUCGGCCUCUGGCUACUUUGUUAUUACGUCAUAUUUUCGAAGAAUGGAGUUUAUUAAAUCAGGCCAUGAUAAACGUUAUUCAAGAAGUACUGAAUAUGAAGGGUGGUAGAGAUUAUCGCUAUCUUAGCCAAAAAGAAUUUAAUUACAUUCUAAGAAGACUUGGUCCAGCUAUCUGUCGAAGCGAAAAUAUUUUUGUUGAAAAUUCUAAGAAAAUGAUGCGUUUCACUAUCCCAGCUCCUAAAAGGAAUGGGAGGGAUGCCGAACUUGAUAAACGUAAUAUCGACUCUUUACCGCAGCAUGUCAAACUUGCAGGAGAUUUUAAAAAUGAUAUUAGCAUAUCUACCCUGCCGACACCGGCACAACAGGUUCUUAAAGUAUUGUUAGACUGUUUGUACAUGAAACCAAAUCUGAAACAAGUAGAAAAAAAUAUCGCUUUGAAAACAACUGAUGACCGUGAAAGUGAGAAACUUCAUGAUAUUGAAAUUGAUAAAAAGUCUAAGAUUGAUAUUGUUGACGACAGCAAGACUCCAAAAUUGCUAUUAAAGAAGUCAAGUAUUUUACAGCUACUCUCGGAACUUGUUCACUCUUAUCCGAUAUGUUGUCAUUUCAUAACUGAAUAUAUACCGGAUAGUAAUCAUAGCAAUAAGGGUGUUCCAGUGUUAGCUCAUAUCUUGGAUAAUUUACUGCCGGCUGAAAGUGAUAAAGACGAUCCAGAAAUUUCAUCAGCUGCAUGCGCGUUUCUGGUAUCAAUCUCUCUAGCGUCUGAAUUCCCCGAAUCUCAAGGAUUAUUAGUCUCUGAAAUAAAGGCAUCCAUGUCCAGAGUAUUAUCUCAGUCAGUUUGUCACAGUAAAUAUCUAGCGCUACAAGCAAUAGCAAAUCUUAUAUCUUCAAUAAUAGAUUCAUCUUCUAAUGAUGAAAAAGCAGCUGAAUUUCGACAGAAAUUUAAUGCCAGUAAUUCAGAUCUUAAACCAAGCCAUAUUGUUCGGCUACUAAAACGAAAGGGUUUAGUAACCGAUUUAGCUCGUAUACCACACAAUCUUGACUUAUCGAGUCAGUACAUGCCCACUAUUGUAAAUGCAGCUCUGAAACCUCUUGAAUCAUUUGUGCGCAUGUUUAACACGACAUCGGAUUCUUUUGAUCGAUCAUUUAAUAAUCAACUGCGAAGAAACGAUGUUACAAAUACUGCACCUUCUCCGCAGGAAGAACAAAUAGAAAAUUUCCUUCGCGAUGGAGAAUAUGGAGAUGAAGAUGAAGAUGAUGAUGAAGAUGAUGAUGACGAAGACGAUGACGAUGACGAUGACGAUGAUGAUGAUGAUGCAGAUGAAGAAGACAAUGGACUUUAUGAUAAUAUGGCAAGUGAUGGUGAAUCACAAUCUGAAGAGAGUGACAGAUCUUGCACUGAAAAUAUUGGUAGUACUAGUGAAAUUGAAUCUAGCCACAGUGAAGUUGAUAGUUCAAGUGGUGUAAGCGAAGUUGCUGAGGAAAGCAAUCUUGCCAGAAACCGAGAAAUUAAUGAUAUUGAAAUUGAAGAUAUUGAGACAAAUGAUAGGGGCGAAGAUAAUAUUGACGAUAAUUUAUACGAUGUUGAAGAAUUUUCGGAAGAUAAUGAUCAUGAAAUUGAAAUGGAUGAUAAUAACGACGAUAUUGACGGAGAUGAUGAUGAUGAUGAUGGUGAUAGAAAUGAUGAUAACGAUGAGGAUGGUGAUGACUUAAUAGAUGCUGAAGAUGCAAAUGAGUUAGAUGAAUAUCUGAAUGAUAACGAUCAGAUAUAUGCUGAUGUUGAAGAAAUAGACUCUGCUACAUUUGAUCCUAAUCAUAUACCGACAAGCCACCCUUUACUUAUGCGAUCAUCAGAUAGAUUACCAAGGGAUAGUAAUUUAGCUGCGAGGAAUUCUUGGUCUCGACCCGAAAGAUUGACUAGACUUGGUAGAUUUAAUCAAAAUUCUUUCUUCGGUGACCCGCAUGUAGGUUUUUCUGGACAAUCAGCUUCCUCAUAUAGUGUUCUUCAGAGAUUAUUGGAUCAUGCUCAGGCCGCAGCAACAGAAGCACUCAAUCUUCGUGCUGCACUGCUACAUGAUCGAUCUACUUUACGUCAUACCGAGUUUAUAUUUGAUAGUGAAGGAUUUCAUGUGUUGUCCCCCGAUAAUGGUAUGGACGAGCUACAGGGAAGAAAUCAGUUUACAAGCACACUCCAUCGUUGGAAAGAAGAAUGCGGGAUACUUGAUAGUGGAAGCGUCUUUGAUUGUAUUUUAAACGCUAGAGAAGCAUUAACUCCUGUUCUUACGAGGUAUAGAAAUGAAAGUAUGGCAGAAGCAGCUAAUGUAGCUCAGGGCGAAGGUAGCAAAAUAGAUGAUAAACAUGCCGAAGAUGACAAAAAGGACUUGGAAAGUAAUGCUGGCAAUGUUGAAGAUAUGGAUGUAACGCCAACACCUGAAGUUAGUCAGGCUCGGACGUCAGAACCAGAAGAAAUGGAUACUAGUGAAAGUACAGAAAGAAUUAUUCCAUUGGUUAAUCCCAAUAUGCUGGUAGAACGCCUUGGAGAUACGAUCACUACAGUUGAACAAACAUCUCAAGUUGCUUCAUUAGAUGAAACGAUGGCAUCACAAUUAGUUACUCCACAAAGUAGUAGUCACGUGGAACUUCCACCAGAGCAGGGUAGUAUCAACAUACAACCGCAAGCGUCAUCCGUUGAAGGGCGUCUGAUUUGGCCAUUACCAGAAAACGCCACAGCAGAUUCGCGUAGCAGUGAAACGAUUACGCUUGAGAUUGGAGGAACAUCCAGUACUGCAGAGGCAGUUGGAGCAAGCAGUGGGGCGCAAGCUGAAGUGACUGUAGAAGGAUUAUCCGUUCCGGAAGGUAUUGACCCGACGUUUCUUUCAGCGAUUCCAGAGAAUAUGAGAGAAGAGGUUAUAAGAGAUCAUAUACAGCGCACUCGUCGUCAGCAGCAACAGUCAGUAACACCUUCGAUUGAGCCUGUCAGCUCAUUCAACCCAGAGUUCUUAGCUGCUCUGCCUCCAGAGAUUCAAGAAGAGGUUCUCUUGCAAGAAAGUCGAUUACGCUCUACUAAUUCUGCUACGUCUGCGCCCACGUCAGAGCAAUCAUUCGACCCGGCUUCGUUUGUACGAGAUUUAAACCCAAGUUUACGAAGAACUGUAUUAGCUGAUAUGGAUGAUACUCAUGUAAAUUUGUUACCGCAAGAUUUGCAAACUGAAGCGCGCCAGCUACGUCAGCAAAUGGAAUUAAGACAAGCAAGACUGCUGCAAGGGCGUCUGAAUUUUGUUGAUGAGGGUAUAACUUUUACUAUUUUUUACUUGCACAAGUUAAAAAGAAGGGAAAGUAGAAGAAGGGAUCGUCUGCCAUUUUCUCCGAUAAUUAUACAUGAACCUGGUAAUUCUGAACGUCAUACAAGAGGGAUGAUUGAAUCAUCGAAAAGGAAGACUCAAACCGUUAUGGAUGGACAGAAAAUAUUAGAUCACGAAUCGUUAACUUGCUUGUUAACUCUUUUGUUUUGUGAUGAGCCAAAGUUAAAUUUAAAUCGCUUACACAAAGUAGUGAAAGCAUUAUGUCAAAAUGGUCACACUGCUGCGUGGAUCAUUCACACUCUUUUAUCAAUUCUUCGUCGAACUGCCAUUCUGCAAGAGAAUAAUGAAAUUGCGCAGUCUAAAGCAAAAAAAAAUGCUCUUGCAAAAGGCGCAAGUAAUUCAACAGAGCUACUGACUCAUCUGCAAUCCCAUAAUUCCAAAAAUAAAUCAAGAAAUUUAUGGUUAUCAAUGAGUGUUGAUGCUGCACUAGGCUGCAAGGCAAAUGUAUUUAGCAUUCAAAAGACUCAGCCAGAAUCUGGUCAGGGUAGAAGUUAUAAGAGUCGUAUUAGUAUUCAUCCACUGGCCGCGCCUCUGGUUUGUCGUAGGGUUGUUGAUCUACUAGUCUUCCUAGCAAGAAAUUAUAAUCAACAUUUUAUACCAAGCCGUGCACUUGAGAUAAAAGAAUCAAAGGAGAGACAAUAUGGUGCGUCUGAUUCGCUACAGGAAACAGACUUUUGGGAUUAUCUCGUUAAACUUGAGCAAACUAGCCUGUUGCAUCGCGGAAAAACUGUAUCUAAAGUUGUGGAGACAGAUGCUAAUACAUUACGACAGUCAUCUUUAGAAGGGUGCCCUCUUGGCCAAAUACUUUCCAUGUUAAACUAUCCUGUCAUUAAGCAAUGUACAAAUUUAACGGAUAGAAUCAUAAAAUUGCUUUUUGUUAUUGCAAGUAAUAUGCCAAGUAAUUUAUUGUUGGCGAAACUAGAUGGAGGCAUUAAAUCAGACGAGAAGGGGCCAAUCGACGAAUCUAAAACGUCAGGAGAUCCUCCAAAGGAUGAGGUUAAAGUCACUGAAAAAUCUGUAAGUCGUCUUCCACUAAUAUCUGUUGGUGAAAGCGCCAUCUCAGGAAUUGUAGCAUCUAGGGUGUCAAUAUCGAAUGUUAUAGUGGAGCGUUUGCGAUUAUUUGUUGAUGUAAUGUGUACCGGUCGGUGCUCUGAAGAUGGAUUAGAAGAUGCUACAAACUUCUUAAUUCAUUUAUCAAGAUCAUUAAGUCAUAUGAGACGUUGUAUGUUAAAUCUAUUGCUUCAUGGAGCUAAAUCUUUAGGAAUACAGCUACGUAAGGAUAUUUGUUGCCUCCUUGAUGAAAUGCGCGAAUCGUCGAAGAAUAAACACAAAAAAAGAUCUCUUGAAAACGUACAGGAUGCCAGUAGCAAUAAACCCAACGUUGGUGAAGGAUUGCGUUCGUCAGUUUCUGUUGGCAAUGCUAGAACAGGUUACGAUAACAUAUCGAUAACAAAUCGGAGUAGACGUCUUGUUGAGCAGCAUUUUAAAGCUAUGGCUCCGUUAACGUGUAAAACUUCUAGUCAAUCACUAUUUUUACGAAUACUGAAGGUGAUAUUGCAAUUACGUAAUCAAUCUGAUAAUAAUCAAAAUUCUGAGAGUUCGCAGCAAGUAGCUAGCAAUGCUGAAGUUGUCAAUCAAGAACCUGUUGCUUCAACCAGCGGGGAUAAAGAAAUUUUAUCUAAUUCUCCACACAGUGGGGAUUUGAUAUCGUUUCGUUUAAGCCAGCAAAUUGAUUUAAAUGAUCUUUGGGAUGUACUUGGUGAAUGUUUGUCUGAGCUAGGAGAAGACUCAGAUAGUCAUGCCGUCUUAAUAUUGCAACCAGCAGUUGAAGCAUUUUUCAUUGUCCAUAGUCCGGAAAAAGACGAUAACGAAGAUAAAGAAUCUUUACACCUGGAUUCGCCUUUAUCGCAAAAACAAUUAUUGAGUCAAUUGACCAAAUUUGCGCCGAUGACGCCAACUCCUUCGACCUCAGAGUCGUUCUUUUCGAUGCCCCCAGAUACGGUAAAAUUCGUCCAAUUUGCAGAAAAGCACAGAACUGUCUUAAAUCAGAUUCUUCGCCAGUCUCCGACGCCUCUAUUGGAAGGACCGUUUUCUAUACUUGUUAACCACACGCGAUUGCUAGAUUUCGACGUUAAAAGAAAGUACUUUAGGCAACAAUUAGAUAAGCUUAACGAUACGAUACGGCCAGAGGAUGGAUUUACUAUUCGUGUCAGAAGAACACAUGUUUUUGAAGAUUCUUUUAAGGAAUUAAGUCGACGUACUGCUGAUCAAAUGAAGAGUAAAAUGUUUAUUCAUUUCGAAGGAGAAGAUGGGCAAGACGCGGGCGGAUUGCUGCGGGAAUGGUAUCUUAUUAUAUCAAGAGAGAUUUUCAAUCCAAACUAUGCGUUAUUUACGACAUCAUCUGGCGAUCGAGUUACGUACAUUAUUAAUAGCAGUUCGCAUGUCAAUCAUUAUCAUUUGGAAUACUUCAAGUUUGUUGGUAGAAUGAUUGCCAAGGCGUUAUUCGAUAAUAAGCUCUUAGACGUUUACUUCUCCCGAUCAAUGUAUAAACACAUCUUAGGUAGCGCAGUUCACUAUUCCGACAUUGAAUCAGAAGACUAUACAUUUUAUCAGAGUAUGAAGUAUUUAUUGGAGCAUAAUAUUAGUGAAAUUGAUAACGAAUUAACAUAUUCAACUGAUGUAUGUGAAUUUGGUAAAUCUGAAAUUCGUGAUUUAAAACCCAAUGGUCGCAAUAUUUCUGUAACUGAAGCAAAUAAGCUAGAAUAUGUCCACCUUAUGUGCCAAAUGAAAAUGACGGGCGCUGUUAGAAAGCAAAUCGCUUCAUUUUUGGAAGGAUUCUAUGAAAUUAUUCCAAAGCGCUUGAUAUCUAUUUUUGAUCCGCAGGAGCUUGAGUUGCUCAUAUCUGGACUACCAACAAUUGACAUCGACGAUCUAAAAGCCAAUACAGACUACAGUAAAUAUACCAAAGAUUCUAUACAGAUCCAAUGGUUUUGGAGAGCUCUUCGGUCUUAUGACCAAGCUAGUCGUGCAAAAUUUCUGCAGUUUGUGACAGGAACUUCUCGGGUACCGCUGCAAGGCUUUGCUGCUUUAGAAGGAAUGAAUGGCCCUCAAAAGUUCAGUAUUCAUCGUGAUGACAUGUCCACUGAUCGCUUGCCAAGUGCUCAUACAUGUUUUAAUCAACUGGAUUUGCCUGCUUAUGAAACUUAUGAUAAGUUGAAUUCUUUGCUAUCAACUGCAAUUAAUGAAUGUCCUGAAGGUUUUGGACUUGUGUAA